AUGGCGGUGCCGCUGGUUCGCACGACAAGCGCGGACUCUCCUUUCCGCGCACCGGCAUCCCUCAUCCCGGACGCUGAUUGCCUCGACGUCCCCACCGUCCUCGUCGUGUUACCCGACGGCUCCGUGCGACUGUACGACACGCCUCGCCUGACCGUGUGCGACGUGCUGUGCGACUACCCGAGCCACGCGCUGUCGUGCACGUCCACAGGUCCUCUUCUCCAGCAGCAGCGGGUCCUUAACCUCAACGCCACCUACUACCUCCGCCGUGUCCCCCUGCCCGCGGCGGCGGAGGCUCCUUCAGCGAGGAUCGUCUCGGUGCCGGGUCUGGAUCUCCAAUGCGCGCCGUUCGCGGCGACGCACUCCCCGCACGACGCGGCGGGAUGCCCCAAGGAGGCUCUUGACUCGUUUUAUGCUCCUGGAGAGGAGAUUAAAAUGCUGGAAGCGCUGGAGGACGAAUGCGAAGUUCCUCCCACGCCCGCGAUGGAAUCCGUUAGGUCGUCGUCCCCCACGGCCAGCGCGAAACGGUCUUUGAUGGGCAAGCUGGUUCGCUUCAAGCUGCCCAUCGGGCGGCGCAGCAGCAGCUUCGAUCAAACCUCACCCGUCGGGUUCCGCGCCGAAAACACGCGCGUGAGCCCCAGAACUCCGCGCUCCCCGUGCCCUACCAUUCCCAAGAGCCCCCGAUUCAAACCUGCUGCUGCGAACUCUUCGGUGCAAUUUGAAUUGAGCGACACGGCUAUCGCGAGCCAUGGUGGCAUGGGUGAGAAUCUCCCGAAGGCGAGCGGGUAUUCCCGAGGAGGAGAGUGGGUGGACGUGGGCUGCGACGUGUUCAUGACCGACACGCGCAUCGUCCGCCGUGCAGUCAUGCGCGUAAACCCUGCGGGGACGACGAGCGGGGCCGCAUGCAACGCAGCGCCGCUGAUUCCGAGAAACUCGUCCGACCCUGCAUUGGCUGCCGGUUCGAGGGCUGUAACACCAAUGUGGUGGAAAAAUGGGAACUACACUCAGCAGUUUCCUCUGCCUCAGGUGCCCCACAGGCAGUCGAGGCAUAGCGCGGAUUAUAUUUCUUCAAGUGAGAAGUGCUUCACCAGCCCUCUGCUUCACCGGAUGUUGGAGACAUGA